GUCGUGUCUGCAGUUAUUUUGAAAGAGUUUGAAUUUCAAGUGAAAAAAAAAUUAGAGCAAACAAAAUUUUAUGUCAAUAAGAAAAAAAUCGAGAUGCUAUUCUUCAAAAUAAAUCGUUUACCUUCAAAAAUUCAAAACUCAUAAAGAAGCAACAAAGAACUAUUCACCAUAUAUAAUUCUUGAACUAUGCGUUCAUAUAGCACCCACCAUCAUCUGAAAAAAAAUCUGUGUGAAUUAAAAAACUUUGAUUAAACUGUAGAAGACAACAGUUGAAAAAAACAUUAUUUUUCUCAGUUUAUUUAAUCCUCUUAUAUUCUAAUUGAACAGUGUAUGGUAUUGACUUAUCUGAACCUAUUCAACCUACUGAUCCUCUUAUAUUCUAAUUAAUAAAUGAAAUAUGAAUGGUAUUGGCUGAUUCAAGUGCGUGGUUGUGUUUGUGUGAGCGCGUUUGUUUGAAUUUUUAUCAUUAUUUUAGACCGUCUGGAAUACUUGAAAAGAUUAAUUGGCCAAAUUCCCUUACAUCCGAUACAAAUAUAUCAUCACGAAUAUCAUUCAAUUCAAUGUCAUCAGCAUCAUCUGGGUAUGAAUAUCACAGCGAGCUUUUUUACACGUUCCAUUUAAGUAAGAACUCGAUGUUUCUUGAUUUUAAAAUUUCAGUCAAAUCACCAAUACCAUUGAAGAGCUUCUGUACAAUGAGGAAACCUAUAUUAAAGCUUUGAAACAUGGCAUCGAUGGUUAUGUGAAAAAUUUCCAUCGAAAAGAUAUGCCACCUCAGCUGCGUGGACAACAGUAUCGCGUCUUUGGCAAUGUUAAUCGAAUCAAAGAUUUUCAUGAGAACAUUUUCUAUCCAGCCCUGAAAGAAUGCAAUAUGGACAUUGUUGAGAUUUGCCACACAUUUCUUAAUUUCAUUGAGAAAGACUAUUUCUAUAUAUAUAUAUAUAUUGUAUGCGAUUAAUCAUCAAAAGUCUGAAAAAAUAUGUAUUGAAAAUCGCGACUAUUUCAAGCAAAUUCAAAAUGAAAUCGUCGAUAAGCUUGGUGUGAAUAGUUUUUUAGUGCAACCCAUUCAACGACUGCCGAAGUACAAGUUGUUAUUGGGUCAACUAUUUUCGGAACUCGGUAAGCGAUUCAUUUCAGUCUGAAAUUUUCAGUGCAUGACGAUAGUAUUAAAAAUGAAUUGGGUGCAUGUUGUUUGGCGGAGAAAAGAAUUCAAAGUCUUUUGGAUACAUUAAAUGGAUCAAUGAACAUCAAUGAUAUUGAUCACAUUGAUUGCAGUGAAGUGAGUUGAACUUGAUACAUAGAAUUUUAAUUUCAAAUUACCAGUAAACGAAUCACUAGUUGCACACACUGUGCCAAGGAAAAUUUUGUCUAGUCGAUAAAUUUGACAUUUUUGAGAAAAGUGAGCGUCGCCGAUAUAAGGGCAAGGCUUUCCAAUUCGAAAAAUGCGUCAUUUAUACGGAGCAAACGAACAAAAACAUACUUUCAUACCGUGGACACUUUAGACACAUCACACUGGGGUUCACAUUCGAAGAUCAACGCAACUAUUUUCGAUUAUACAACGAACGAAAAAGGUAACCAAGAAAUUGAAUUUUCAUCGGAUGCACAAACUGUUCAACUAUGGAUUCAAAUGCUUAAUCGUACCAUGAUUAUAGUCGUACGACAUCAGGAAAAGAAGAAAACUGAAGAAAAUCACAAGGUAUCCGAGUCGAGUCCCCUAGAAAUUUUGCUACGCAAUACCACAUCAGGUUUACAUGAUCUGGCCUUGUCCACCAUACAUGCAGAAAGCGUUGAUUCGUCUAGCGGCAGCGAAUUGCAACGAAAUACAAUGAGUGCAAACGCCAAGGAGGCAUUUGUUCGAAAAUUUGGUGUUAUUACAUAUUCCGAUGAGAUCUCACUCGACUUCACGAAAUGCCGCAUUUUAAUUCUUGAACGUGGUCUCGUUUGUAAAACCAAAACGGAAAAAUUCAUCGAUCAAGUGUUUUCUAUACCAAUAUUAAACAUUGAACUGCAUGAAAAUGAUAUUUAUCCCAGAAAAAUGCGAAUUAUAACAGGAAAUUCCACUCACAUCAAUUACACCGUUACAUUUUCAACAAAGCAAUUCAUGGACGCAAUUCUUACUCAACGAAAUUCUUCAGAUCAUCGAUAUUGUAACGAUAAAUCGUAAAACACUUAUUUUCAAAAAAUGUAUACAACACAAAAACAUUUCAUAAUCUAUAAGCUGU